AUGGCUACUCUCGCAGAGCAUCCCAUGCAACCGACUAUUAACGCCGCUUAUGACCAAGAUCUCGACUCCUUCAUCAACUUCGAUCAACUCGCCUACACAUCUGCCGACCCCGCCCGCCCCAAGGUCGCCCUCGCCAGCCAACCUUCGGUCACUGGGACCGACUUCAGCACAAGCGACGCUCGCAGCGCCAGUUUCGCCUCCAGUGGUCAAUCACCCAUGGCCUUCCAGGCCCCUAGCCACCACUAUGAAGAGCACCGUCAACAAACUGGGUUACCCCCUGGCGCCCUGGCCAUGACCUACAACCAGCAGCAGCAGCAUCAGCAGCAACAGGUGAACCACAUGGGCUUCGGAAACGCCAACCCCGGCUAUCCCAUGAACAGCGAAAUGUUCCCACCACAGAUGAAGCGCGAGGACGCUCCCUUCGAUUUCAACACAGCCCCUGCCCGUAACCCAUCUGAGAUGGAGAUCGAGUCCGACGGCAUGACCAACACCCCUUACUACUUCCCCAACAACGCAAACAAGAACCAAUACAUCGAUCCCAACGCGCUCGGCGGCCAUGAGCUGGCUCAGGCUGGUCCUUCCACUCAGGUCGGUCGCAUGUACCCUGGUAUGCAUCAGCAGCAGGCUGCGAUGGCCAAGGCGGCGGCUCAGCAACAGAAGCAACACGAGAUGGUGCACCAGCAAGUACCCCAGCGCCGUGUGGAGGAGAGCCCUGGUGCCCCUCCCAACCGCGGUUCCCGCCAGCCGGAUCCCGUUGUUGAGGAGCGCAUUUCUCAACUUCUUCACCAGAUGCGUCAAAAUGCCAUCGCCAACGGCGAGGCCUCACCGUCCCCGUCUUCCGGCAUGCCUCACAUGGCCAAGGCCAAGAAGGAUGAGGCUGAUAUGGACGAGGAUGAGCGCCUGCUCGCUAGUGAGGAGGGAAAGAAGCUGAGCAGCAAAGAGCGUCGCCAAUUGCGGAACAAGGUGUCCGCUCGUGCAUUCCGCUCUCGUCGCAAGGAGUACAUCGGUCAGCUUGAGAGCGAAAUUGCCUCCCGCACCACCGAGGCCCACGACCUUCGCAUGCAGAACCGUGCUCUCUACGAGGAGAAUGCUCGCCUGAACGACCUCGCCCGCAUGCUCCUGGGUUCGCCCCAUUUCUCCUCUUUCCUGAGCGACAUGCCCGAUGCCGUUGCCCCCCAGGCCCAGGCUCAGCAGGCACAGGCCCCCCGUGCCCAGCAGCCCCAGCAGGCUCCUGUGCCCAAGGAGGCCGCCGCUCCUCGUCCUCAGGAGUUCCAGAUGCAGCAGAACCCCCAGACCAACAUGAUGAUGGUUCCCCAACAGGGUAUGGAUGCCUCCAUGGCGAUGAACAACGGUGGCUGGAACUCCGGUAUCGACAUGAACUUCGGCAACGCUUCCGUCUUCGCCGUCCUCGAGGUUCCCGAGGGCCCUGCUCUCGAUGCUGAGGCUUUGUCUGGCAAGUCUUCCUCCCCGCAGUCGACUGAGAAGUCUGACAUCGGUGUUGCCAACCCCGAUGUGGAGAUUGACGAGUCCGACCCUGCCUUUGCUCUCUUCCUUGAUUCCCCUCCUGCUGCUAUUUCUUCCGAUGUCCCUGCCUUCGACGGUGUUCAAUCCGAGAAGGCUUCUCAAUUUGAGCUGGUGGUGGACUCAAGCGAAGUUAGUGCCUCGCCAAGAGUCGAUUCAACUCCCUCUGCAACAACAUGGAAGCCGCUUUCCAACGAGUGUCUUCCGUCACUUCUCAUCUUCACCAAAUUGGCUUCUCUACAGACCCGCGGUACUCUCUUUACCGCAGCUUCUGGCGCACUCUCGCGUGCUUUUCCUCGACCGGCCAUCACAACCUCCGUCCGCGUUGCCGCAUUUCAAACCACGACAUACACCAAAGUCCGAAGUAGUCGAGGAUCGGUAUCCAAAGCAACAAAGCAGAAACUCGCUGCUCGGACUUCUCGUUUCAAGCCUUUCCAACGAAAAGAACCUCCCAGCCUCUGCGAACAGCGACAACAUAAGUUUCGAGGGCUGGACCAGAGAAACAAUCGGGACAAACGACACAUCGAUCCUAGCACGCCUAUCGUCUCCACUAGUCGAGGUGGGAAACGGGAAUACCUCCUCUGCGAACCCUCCCUCCUCAAAUUAAAAGAGCUCCCCGAGCCCUCCAGCCCAGCCCAGCCAAUGAAGUUCUACUGGCAGGCCUUGACGACCCCAACGGCCGACACCCCCGGUACGUUCCUCAAUCUACACUUCCCCGAGAAGAGAUACAUCUUCGGUCAGGUAUCAGAGGGAACUCAGCGAGCAUGUGUCCAACGGGGAACCAAGCUCAGUAGCCACUUGAAUCAUCUUUUUUUGACAGGUCGCACGGAAUGGGCAAACAAUGGCGGUCUGAUUGGUGUCAUCUUGACUGUCGCGGAUGCAAGCGCGGCGACCUACGGCUCCCUGGAGCUUGCUACGCGCGAAAAGCAGCAGCGCGCGGCCGAGCGCAAAGCUACGGAGGUACCAGGGAAGAAAUCCGGGGCUGCAGAACCGCGCGAUCCCACGGGCCAGUUCGAUGCAGCCGUUGACAAAACUCAUCUGAAUAUCCACGGAGCGACCAACCUAAUGCAUACUAUGGCCACGGCUCGACGCUUCGUCUUCCGGAAGGGUCUGCCCGUAGGACCCGUUCCAGGAGCCCACCUGGAACGAUGA